AUGGAGACCCCGGCCGCCAUCAUGUCCUGCUCCUUGUCCGCAGCAAUGGAGGUCCUAGCGCCGUGGGGUCUCUUCCUGAUACGCCUGACGGGCCCGUAUGCUUUGUUUGUCCAUCGCGACGAGUGGUACCAGGAGCUGCCCAUCAAUGAGCUGGACUGCUAUCGUCGAGCUUCGGUGUGGGGCCUGCAGGACAUCCCCCUCCGCUUUGUCCGAGAGUGGUUCUUUGAGGACGUGGAUCAGGUGCUGCCGUUGGUGUGGCGGAACUUGAGCUCGCUGUACAGACCCGGGGAGGGCUUGUUCACUCUUGGGGUUUAG